AUGAACCCGCGAGGCGAAGUACCAGCCCUAGAUAUAGAUGGCUUCAUCUUGAUCGAAAUCACCGCGAUAUGCGGAUAUCUCGAUGAAGUGGCCAAGGGGGUUAAAUCCCUGUUUGGCAACACGGCGCUCGAGCGUGUCGAGACCCGCAUGUGGCUUAGGAGGAUGGUUCUCGAACUGGCUCAGCCUGUUAUUUCUUGGUAUCGGAACGGCCCUGAUACCAUUGACUUCUAUAAGGGCAACCGAAUCCCGACACCCGAGGCUCGCGUAGUCCAAAAAGGCUACUAUCAACCAGUUCCCAAAGCUCCUCGACGAUCAACUUAA